GCUCCAACAACAGCCCCGCCAUGAAGGUCCUGCUGGUACUCCUCGUCGCCGUCGUCGCUGUGGCCGUGGCUAGACCCGGCUACCUGGGCGCUGCGCACGGUGUAGUCCCUGCCGCCCACGCAGUAGUGGCCGCGCCCCACGCCGUCGUCGCCGCCCACGGUGUCCACGGCGUCCACCCGGGCCUGGCCGCCUACGGCCCGGCGCAUAUCGCCGUCGGACCCGGCGGCUACGUGCAGGACACCCACGAGGUGGCUGCCACCAGAGCCGCCCACCUGACCGCCGUCGCCCAGACGCAGGCCCGCGACGCCCACCUCAACGGCGCCGCAGCGCACGCCGCGGCCGCCGCCCACGCCGCCGCUGCCGCCCAUUCCACCCCCUUGGUCGCCGCCCACUCCGCCCCCUUGGUCGCCGCCCACUCCGCCCCCUUGGUCGCCGCCCACGCCACCCCCUUGGUCGCCGCCCACGCCGCCCCCUUGGCCGCCGCCCACGCCGCAUCCCUCGUCGCCGUCGCAGCGCCCGCCCUGCCCGCAGCGCACGGUCUUUUGGGUGCGCAUGGUGCCGCCCUCGGUCACGGACACCACUGGUGAAGCGUACCAGCAGUUUAACUUAAUUGAUGUAUCGUAAUGUCAUGCCAAUUUCAUCUGCCUAUCAACAAAUCUCUAAAAGUGGCGAUUAUUUGUUUUACAUUUUCAUUGAUUACAAAUAAAGCUUUUCUUUAAAA